AUGCUUGGGGAAACUGGGGCUUACGAGCCAGCCUCUGGACGCUUCCAAUGGCAUGCUGUAGCAUGUGGAUUAGUAUUCAGAGCAACUGUUGCCUUUUGCUCUCGAACCCUAGCUAGUGAAAAUCAGCUGCGGCUGGGGAGCCUCCUGGAGGACGGGCUCUCGUACAAGGAGAGCUUCAUCGUGCGCUGCUACGAGGUGGGCAUCAACAAGACGGCCACCGUCGAGACCAUCGCCAACCUCCUCCAGGAGGUAGGAUGUAACCAUGCCCAAAGCGUUGGGUUCUCCACUGAUGGUUUUGCCACGACCACUACAAUGAGAAAACUCGGACUUAUUUGGGUGACGAACCGAAUGCACAUUGAGAUCUACAAGUACCCUGCUUGGGGUGAUGUUGUUGAGAUUGAAACAUGGUGCCAAGAAGAUGGAAGAAUCGGUACUCGUCGUGAUUGGAUCCUCAAGGACCUGGCUAAUGGUGAAGUUAUUGGCAGAGCUACUAGCAAGUGGGUCAUGAUGAACCAAAAUACACGGAGACUUCAGCGAGUUAGUGAUGAUGUGAGGGAUGAGGUGUUUAUACACUGUCCAAAGACUCCAAGUUAUAAGAAUUGCAAACAAGCUACGGUUGUUCCCAGAGGAAAAUAAUGGCAGUUUGAAGAAGAUUCCAAUUCUUUCAGAUCCUGCACAAUACUCAAGACUAGGAGUCUAGGACUAGUGCCAAGAAGAGCUGAUCUGGACAUGAACCAACAUGUCAAUAAUGUUACUUACAUUGGUUGGGUCCUUGAAAGCAUACCUCAAGAUAUAAUUGAUACGCACGAGUUGCAAACCCUCUUGACUACAGAAGAGAGUGCCAACACGAUGACAUAGUUGAUUCACUUACUUACAUAGAGGAAGGAGAGGAGAAAAGCAUGAACGGUUCUGCUUCAACACAACACAAAGAAGAGCGGCAGCAGUUCUUGCAGGGCUUAAGUAGUUGGGGUUUUGUGUUUUGUAUUCUGAGUGAUAGAUGAAAUUAUACCAGUGUUUGUUGUUUCUUGCGUGGUUACACCGCAACCUUCGUUACAAAAUCAGCAGAAUGGACGCCCAGAGAAGGAACAAUGUAAAUGCUGAAGACUCCUUGAAGCCUGCUGCGCAGGUAUUCUGCAGAACACAGAGGCAAGUAAUCGAAAUAAUCUUGGUGUGACUUUGUAAGCAGGCGCUGGAAAUUUACAACA